AGACCCUUCCGCUUGCGAUGCAACGAUGGAAGUCGCUGCGAAGAAGAAGACAGAUCGCUGGUGUUUUGUGCCAGGAUGCAACGUUGGCUAUCAACACUCAAAAGAAAAGGCAUCAUUAUUCCGGGCCCCCAAGGACGCCGUUAACUUCGAGAAGUGGGACCGCGCAAUCCCGAGAGCCGACAAGAGGCUGCAACCAAAUUCGGCAGUGUGUGAACGGCACUUCGAUAAGAGGUUUAUAAUCUCUUCGUCUCGCCUUAUCAUCAAUGGAGAGGAAGUGUGGCAGCCCCGCCUGGUACCUGCUUUGGCGUCUGAUGCCGUGCCGACACAGUUUCCAAACGUACCGAAAUACCUGAGCAAGACACUCCCCAAGGAAAGAAAGCGGAAGUCACGGGCACCACUGCAAGAGCCCAACCGAAAAGCAAGGACUCUUUGUCAGCCUUCUCAGCUUCAGUCCUCUCAGCAGUAUCAACAACAAACUCAAGAAGCCUCAUCAGUUUACGGCGACUGCGACUCACCCAGUGGGAGCCUUACUGCUAAAACCAGCACCUUCAGAAAUCUGAGGCGCCCAUCAGACUACUGGUCGGAGCAGCUGUUUUCAGAAGAGCCAAACACAGUCUCCUAUCAAACAGUCUGUCUCAGCAACAACACGGUACCCCCACUUAAGUUUGAAAGGGCAGUGAUCUUCGAAGCUCAGACGGCUGAAGGACCUUCUGUUUGCAAGGUCUUUCUUCGUGGUAUUCCACAUCUUGAGAGUAGUGUUGGAACCCCUUCGCAAGCGGAAGAUAUCCUGCGCUACGUUGACAAUGUGCCGCUAUGUGCUGGUGUUGGAGAACUGACUGAAUUCGCCGUGGUCAAAAUACAAGAAAAGUCCUGUCAGCGUGUCGAAAACAAGCUGUAUUCCAACAAAUGCAAUGGAUCUGUUCUAGGUGUUUCUGGACAUCCUUGCUUGUCCUGCAAAUAUCUUCGCAAGCUCCUGACGUCUCGCAUGUGGAAAGCAAGGCGCGGCAAGGCCAAGACAAACCUGACUGCAUACACUGCUGCAAAAAAGCUGCGACGUGCUCUUCGGACAUUGAAGCGGAAAAAAAAUCGAGUGCGUACUCUGCUGGACCAAAUCAACCAAACAAGGGCACAAAAUGCAAGCAUCAGCCAAGAAACCUUUGAGCAUACUAUUGCAAAGCUGCCACCAAAGCAACAGGAGUCCGUUAGGGCUUGCUUCGAAGCAUCACAGCGAAAGUCGUUGCGUGGCUACCGAUACAGCAGGGCAUGGCUCCUUGAAUGCAUCAUUCUUCGAAUGAAAAGCAAGAGGCUAUAUGAACACCUGAGACGCCACCGAAUUCUUGUGCUGCCAAGUCGAAUGUGCUUGUUCAGGUACAUCAAGAAUUUCAGAGCCUCAUAUGGAUUCAGUGACAGCCUAUUUCGAGCUGUCAAAGCAAAGGCACUGCAAAUGGACGAGAUGUCCCGUCAUGGCGGCCUCGUUCUUGAUGAAAUGAAGCUGGCAGCGCACCUGGACCUGACUGCGUCAUCACACAUUGAAGGUUUUGUGAACCUGGGUCAGCACACUCCCGAGGCUGACAAGCACACGAGAGCAGACCAUGGGCUAGUACUCAUGUUCCAGCCGUUUAUGGGGAAUUGGACGCAAAUAAUAGGCGUAUUUGCUUCAAGUGGAAACGUGAAGGCUCACUUGCUCAGUAAGAUUGUCACCGAGGCGAUAAUUCUAUGCGAACAGGCAGGUCUGUUUGUUGACUACCUGUGCUGUGACGGAGCAGCUUGGAACCGGGCAAUGUGGCAUAGCUUCGGCGUGCACGCCGACGCUACAUCAGUCUGCUGCAAAGCCUCGCACCCUGCUGAUCCUAGUCGGUUCAUCCACUUCAUCUCCGACUUCCCUCACUUGAUGAAAUGUGUCCGCAACCUGAUGUUGAAGGCUGGGUUUAACACACCAGAAGGAAGGGCUCACUGGGAACACAUCUCGGCCACUUGGAAAUGCGAAAGCAGUGAUGUUACACCCAAGGCAGCACAUCGACUCACACGGGCCCACAUCUACCCCAAUGGAUUCGAAAAAAUGAGGGUGGACCUCGCAUUUCAGGUUUUCAGUCCUUCAAUGCUACAUGCAUUUUUCAUCCACAAAGGAAAAGUUGAGGAGCAGUACCCAAACUUGGAGCCCACCCGAGCCUUUGUUGAACUCAUGGUGAACCUCAUCCGUGUCAUGACAUCACGAACACCACUGAAGGCACUCAGGCCAAACAGCGACGAGGAAGCUGUCAUCAACCAGACACUGGACUUCCUUGAUCGGUGGGACCGUCAUGCCAAAGGCAGCGGCUUCCUAAGCAAGAGUAUGGCAGAAGUCUUGAGGGUAACCUUGCGCAGCACAAAGGAGCUGCUGACAUACCUCACAACGAAACUUGGCUACCGCUACAUAAUGACAUCCAGACUCAGCCAAGAUUGCAUUGAACGGUUAUUUGGGAUUGCUCGGCAAGCAUCCGGUCCGAACGACAACCCCACCCCGGCACAAUUUUGUGCCAUCAUGAGGUGCCUGAGCUACUACAGCCUUGCUAAAAGCCCUGUGAGCGGCAGCAUAGCACCUGGCGUGCUAGAUGCACUUUUGACCCCCGAGACCGUGCCUCUUGACGAACCAGCGGCUUACAAGCAGCUCGACGAGCUGAUUGACGUCGGCGACCUUGAUGGGGCCCAGCAUGUUCUGGACCACCUUCCCUACGUUGCUGAGCGCAGUGAUGGUCGCCUCGUCUACUACAUAGCCGGGUAUGUGGCACGAAAACGGGUAUUGGACACUGGCUGCAGGCUAUGCAAGGCGGAUUGCCUCACAGAGCGGAGCGACGUCGCACAACACCUGCCAGCAGAUGCGACAAUGGAGUGAGACCAGGGAGGUCUGCUGUACCCCUCCGAGAAGCUGUACCACCUGGUGAUGACACUGGAAAACCACCUGACAAAGGCGUUCAGCACGUCCAAGCUUCACGCCAGCAUAAUGUACGAGAUCGUUGGCUCGCUGAAAGGGCUCCCAAAAGUUGGCUGCGCUGACCACUGCGACUGCCUCACCCGAUCAGUGGUGAAGUUCUACUGCAUCACACGGAUGCAUUUCUUCUUGAAAGGCAAAAACAGGACCGAAAGAACUAGAUCAAAAGAACAGAAAUUGAAAAAGAAGAAAGUGUAGUUGGACACCUACACGUUAAGAGAGGUAUAUCUACCACGAAAAAAAAAAUAAAAUAAAAGCAUUCCUCUUUUUUUAAUUUUUUUUUUCUUCAAGACUAGUCUUGGCAUCAUAGCAUCAAUAAAGUUUCCGCUAAACUGAACUGAACCUGUAUUACUUUUUUAUGUUCUGUUGGGAGGGGCCCGGAUAUUGCGGUUAUUAGAGAGAAAAAAAAAUAAUAUUGGGGA